AUGGAAGAGCUCACUCAGAAUGAUAUUGACCACUUUUUGGGCUUGCAUCAUAACGCAAGGCGCCCAGGCUCCAUCCCGACAGUCUAUCAGGCCACCCAGUUAGGCCUCGGUAGCGAUCAAGAGCAUGUCUUAAGUGAGGAUAAGCUGUUCGAGCACUUCUUCCACUGCGACCUUCGUACUUGGAACUUCAGAGUCCCUCCCCACCUCACGGCCGAUACUGCACUGCAGUCCGUACAUAAUUCUGGGAGCACGGCGAAGUUUGUGUGCGGAAAGCCAAGCAAUUCGCUGCUUUUGGCUAGCGACGGCAUGACUGUCCGCCAGGUAGAGUCCGUGGUACUUCGCCGUCGUCACCGUUAUAUGCUCCAAUCGCCAGAAAAGAUACGAAACCGAAUCGCGCUAUAUAACGAAGAAGUACAAGAUGCCAAGAAAGGAGAGAUGCAGAACUUCAAUGAGAAGGCAGCAUGUCAAAAAGACUACAACCUGUACCAUCAGUCUCACAACACGUAUAGUUUGGUCGGUAACGAUGAGAAACUCACCAAAGUUGUCCGAUACGUACAAAUAUCUCCACUUUACCCUAGCGCCCUCAUUGAUUUCCUAGAACUCGACUUCUUAUAUGCAUUACCAGUCAGGUACGCCGGCAACAUGUUGGAGUAG